GCGAGACCCUCUCCGUCUCAUUAAAAAGGGCAACGUCCCACUCCGUCUCAUAAAAACGGCCGCGUCGCACUAACAAGGAUCCCACGCAAAACAUUGGCGUUUCACUUCCUUCCAAAAAGCUGCGUUGCUUCAAGGCUUCAUUCCCAGAACAGUGCGUUGCUUUAAGUUACCCUUACUCAACGGUACCGUUUUGUGGCAGCAGUUCAAAUUCGUGACAGAGCCCAGUACAAGAAAGAGCCCAAGCGCCCUUAUCUCUCUCACUGCGUUUGCUUGCGACAGAAACGCCUACUUGAUGGUUCCCCCUUGUUUUUUGUCUCAGUUUUAUGUGAAAUAAAUAUUGUCUGCGUUCUGAUUAUUGCGAAUUUUAUGCUGACAAUGGCAAAGAAUAUUUUCGGAUCAGUUGCUUCUAGGAGGUCAAUAUCUACUUUGUCUCAUCUCUCCCAGAGAAUUAAACAAACAGAAAAUGAAAUAGUACAGAUGUUCCGGUUACCUAGUUUGGAUAAUGAAUUACAAAACUUGCCUUCCAUGAAACAGAACUUCUCGAGGAAGGAUCCUUCUGUUAGAAAAUUGGAUGAGAGGUUUGUUAGGAUUUUGAAAAUAUUCAAGUGGGGUCCUGACGCUGAAAAAGCUUUAGAAGUGCUUAAGUUAAAAGUAGAUCAUCGUUUGGUUCGUCAAGUGCUUAAUAUAGAUGUUGAGGUCAAUGUUAAAAUUCAGUUUUUCAAGUGGGCGGACAAGAGAAGGAACUUUGAGCACGACACUACCACCUACAUGGCUUUAAUCCAUUGUUUGGAUGAAGUUGGGAUGUCUGGUGAAAUGUGGAAGACUAUUCAAGAUAUGGUCAGGAGUACAUCUGAUAUUAGUCCUUCUGAGUUGUCUGAAAUUGUGAGAAUCUUGGGCAGGGCUAAGAUGGUGAAUAAGGCACUCUCUAUCUUUUACCAGAUCAAGGGUCGCAAAUGCAAACCAUCAGCAAGCACUUACAAUUCUAUGAUCCUGAUGUUGAUGCAGGAGGGUCAUCAUGAGAAAAUUCAUGAGCUCUACAAUGAGAUGUGUAAUGAGGGGAACUGUUUUCCAGACACAGUAACAUACAGUGCACUUAUAUCGGCAUUUGGGAAAUUAGGUCACAAUGAGUCUGCCAUCAGGUUGUUUGAAGAGAUGAAGGAGAUUGGCUUACAGCCCACUGCAAAGAUUUAUACAACCUUGUUGAGUAUAUAUUUCAAAUUGGGUAAGGUUGAGAAGGCUAUAAGUCUAGUCCAGGAGAUGAAGGGGAAGGGUUGCCGCCUUACUGUCUAUACUUACACAGAAUUGAUAAAGGGACUUGGUAGAGCUGGGAGAGUUGAAGAUGCCUAUAGUGCUUUCAUGAACAUGCUAAAAGAAGGCUGUAAGCCAGAUGUUGUGCUCAUAAACAAUUUGAUUAACAUUUUGGGCAAAGCAGGUCGGUUGGAUGAUGCUCUUAAACUCUUUAAUGAAAUGGAUUCUUUGUUAUGUACGCCAAAUGUAGUGACUUAUAACACUAUAAUUAAAGUAUUAUUUGAAUCUAAAGCUCCAGCUUCCGAGGCCAAUUCAUGGUUUGAGAAGAUGAAAGCAAAUGGUGUUGUUCCAAGCUCAUUUACUUACUCAAUUCUUAUUGAUGGUUUCUGCAAAACGAACAGAGUUGAGAAAGCUUUGAUGCUCCUUGAAGAGAUGGAUGAAAAGGGAUUUCCUCCUUGUCCAGCUGCCUAUUGCAGCCUGAUCAACAGUCUUGGAAAGGCGAAAAGGUACGAAGCUGCGAAUGAGUUAUUUCAGGAGCUGAAGGAGAACUGUGGACGUUCAAGUGCUAGAGUAUAUGCUGUGAUGAUCAAACAUUUUGGAAAAUGUGGCCGUCUUAGUGAGGCUGUGGAUCUUUUUAAUGAAAUGAAGAAAUUUGGAUGCAAUCCAGAUGUUUAUGCCUAUAAUGCACUCAUGUCAGGAAUGGUAAGGGCUGGCAUGAUAGAUGAAGCUUAUUCCUUACUUGGAACUAUGGAAGAAAAUGGAUGUCUUCCAGACUUAAACUCACAUAAUAUAAUUUUAAAUGGCUUGGCUAGGUCAGGUGGUCCAAAGCGAGCUAUGGAAAUGUUUGCGAAGAUGCAGCAGGCUAAAAUUAAGCCAGAUGCUGUUUCUUACAAUACUAUUCUUGGUUGUCUCAGCCGAGCUGGUAUGUUUGAGGAGGCUGCAAGGCUUAUGAGAGAGAUGAAUGCAAAUGGUUUUGAAUAUGAUCAGAUCACUUACUCUUCAAUACUUGAGGCAGUUGGUAAGGUUGAUGAAGAUCUUAAAUGACUUGGAAAGAUAUAUAGACACUAAUUUUCAUUCUAUCUGCUACAAGCAAUGGAAUAUCAUGGUUUAUGAACGUGCUGGAUGGCCCCUUACAGAAGCAUGCUACGUAUGUAACAUUCUGGUUGCAUCAUCUUUCAAUUAUCGAGGUGAGAUGGUUGGAGGGGUUUGUGAUUGUUGUAGUAUAGAAUUUCAUUUCAAAAGAUCAUCCUGAAUAGUUGGUCCUUCGAAGUUGAUCUUGGAAUGAAAACCAGAAGUUCAUUAGCAACUUAGGAAGAACCAAGGUUGCUAGGUAGAAGCAUUUUAAUAGGGUGAAAGAAAAUUGUAUAAAUAUAGUAGGGACAUUAUUUUCCAAAUUAUUGCCGCUUAUUCAUUAUUUUAUAUGAAAACAUGAGAAGUAAAAGAAUGUUUGCAUAUUGGUCAUAAGUUGUCUUACAAAGUAACACAAUAAUGACUGAGAGCUUAUGUGACUGCCAAAAUCGGGGUCAUCUGUUCGUGCUUCUUUUGAUUCUUGGGAGAGCCUUAGAUAUCAAGCUUUAUGGAGGUUGAUGUCUAAACCAAACGGUGUGACCAUAACCUACAGGGAAAGCUAACAUAAUAUGGAAAGCAUUCAAUUGGAAGGAUUAUUGUUGAAUGGACAAAGAAGUCGCCAAGAUUCCACUAGAAUGCUCUCUGCAUCAGAUAUCGGUAACAAUUUCUCUAUGGAUUGGUUGGGGUGGGGCCACAUUUCCCAAUCCUGGUCUCGACUUUUCCUCGUUUCCACCCUGCAUCUGCUACGGAGCUGAUGGAGAAUACUCACCGCCUUCCUGCAGGGAAUUAUCCAUCCUGCUUGUCCUUUAGUAAAGUUGGGUUUAAAAUAGUAACGGUAUGGGAGCAGUGGGCGUGUGACAGGGCAGGAACUUUGAGGGGUAGGUACGAGGUGGGAAUCACUUAUUUUGGGGAACCCUCUCUCCGUACAAGGCAGGGAGCGGGUUCGAUUUUUUUAGGGUCAAAAUGUCUUUCCUUUGUGAACAUCUUGAUUGGUUCAUGGGAUAAGUUUGACACAAGUGCAAACUGUGAUGAAUAUAACAAAUUUCGAUUGUACUUGGAGA